AUGGAGAAGGUGGCAGGCGUGAACAGCUGGAGUGGAGAGGUGGAGCAGCCCAGGUUGGAGCGCACUAGCUCUGUCAAUCAUUCUCUGAUCCCGCCCACGCUCGUGCUGGCUGCCCCGUGCGCACUUGCGCUGUCACUCAUUGUAGGCCCCGCCCAGGGCCCGCCCGCCCUCGUGCUGUCAAGGCCCCUGGCCCUCGCGCACUUGAGACGUGCAGACACUCACCUCAGGGAACUCAUGGACAUCCCCCUGCUCCUAGCCUUUGGGCUGCUGGUCCAGCUGACACUCUGGACUCAGCCCCCUGCUGGGAGCCUCCCCCCAAGGCCCACUGAGUGUGGCCUCCAGUGGCCACCCGGCAGCAGAGUCAUCUUUGAGGGCCCCUGUGGGACCCAGCACUCGCGGCAUGUCCUGUUGCUGGGGGGCCUCAGCCUGUCUACGGAGGUUCCUGGGCCUCAGAGACCCAGCAUCCUGUUCCCCUGGCACCAGAUGUCUGGGUUGGGCCGCGUGCGGAGAGCCUGGGUCAUCCCCCCCAUCAGCGUGUCUGAGAACCACAAGCGGGUCCCCUUCCCCCUGGUGCAGAUCAAAUCGGACAAGCAGCCCCUGGGCGGUGUCAUCUACGGUAUCCAGGGCCCUGGUGUGGACAAGGAGCCGCUGGGCAUCUUCUCCAUCGACAGGCUCACAGGGAAGGUGUUCCUCAACGCCAUGCUGGACCGCGAGAAGACGGACCGCUUCAGGCUGAGGGCCUUUGCCCUGGACCUGGGCGGAUCCACCCUGGAGGACCCCACAGACCUGGAGAUCGUGGUGGUGGACCAGAACGACAACCGACCAGUCUUCCAGCAGGAAAUGUUCACUGGCCAUGUGCUGGAGGGGGCUGCCCCAGGCACAUUGGUGAUGAGGGUGGAGGCCACGGAUGCGGAUGACCCGGAUACCGAGAAUGCAGCCCUGCGGUACUCCAUCCUGGCGCAAGGUGGCCCUGGCUUCUUCAGCAUUCAGGAGAGUACAGGCGAGAUCCGCACAGUGCAAGUGGGGCUGGACCGUGAGGAAGUUGCUGUGUAUAACCUGAGUCUGCAGGUGGCAGACAUGUCUGGGGACGGGCUCACGGCCACUGCCUCGGCCAUCAUCACUGUGGAUGACAUCAACGACAACGCGCCUGAGUUCACCAGGGACCAGAUGUUCCUGGAGGCCCCUGAGGCAGUCAGUGGCCUGGACGUUGGCCGGCUAGAGGUGCAGGACAGAGACCUGCCUGGUUCUCCCAAUUGGGUGGCCAGGUUCACUAUUCUGGAAGGGGACCCUGAUGGCCAGUUCACUGUGCACACGGACCCCAAGACCAAUGAAGGUGUCCUGUCUGUGGUGAAGCCCCUGGACUAUGAGAGUCGUGAGCACUACCAGCUCCUCGUCUCAGUGCAGAAUGAAGCCCCACUGCAGGCAGCUGCCCCCAGGGCCACUCGGGGCCAGGUUGUGGUCAGCGUGCAUGUGCAGGACGUCAAUGAAGCCCCGGUGUUCAGGCAGAACCCACUCAGGACCAGUCUGGCUGAGGGGGCGGCCCCAGGGACCCCUGUGGCCACCUUCUCCGCACAUGACCCUGACAUCCAGCAGCUGCAGAGGCUCAGCUACUCCAAGGAUUAUGACCCUGAGGACUGGCUGCAAGUGGACAGGGCCACCGGCCGGAUCCAGACUCAGCGUGUGCUCACUCCUGCCUCCCCCUUCCUCAAGGACGGCUGGUACCGGGCCGUCAUCCUCGUGAGCGAUGACGCCUCACCACCGAGUACGGCCACAGGCACCCUGUCAGUGGAGAUCCUGGAGGUGAACGACCAUGCACCCCUGCUAGCGACGCUGGCCGGCAGCCUGUGCAGUGAGCCAGCACGGGGCUCCGGCCUCCUCCUGGGGGCCACCGAUGAGGACCUGCCCCCGCAUGGUGCCCCCUUCCACUUCCAGCUGAGCCCUAGGACCCCAGAGCUCGCCCAGAACUGGAGCAUCAGCCAGGUCAACGUGAGUCAUGCACGUCUGCGGCUGCGCCACCACCUGCCAGAGGGCCUGUACCGCAUCCACCUGCUGCUGGGUGACUCAGGCCAGCCACCGCAGCAGCGAGAGCACCAGCUGAAUGUGAGCGUGUGUGGCUGCACUAGCGAUGGCGCCUGCCUGCCUGGGGCCGCAGCCUUGCUCUCGGGAGCCGCGGGCGUCAGUCUGGGCGCACUGCUGGUAGUUCUGGGCAGUGUCAUCCUGCUGCUCCUUCUCGUGGUGCUGGUGGCCUUCCUGGCGCGCUGCCAGCGGCAGUCUCUGGGCCAAGGGCUGCUGCCCAUCUUCCAGGAUGACUUACGGGACAAUAUCCUCAACUACGAUGAGCAGGGAGGUGGGGAAGAGGACCAGGAUGCCUAUGACCUCAGCCAACUGCGCCACCCCACAGACCUGGUGGCCCUUGGUGGACCUCUGGGGCGGCCACCACUGCGUCGUGAUGCCCCAGCUGGCUGCCUGCCCGGCCCAGCCCGCCUGCUGCCCACCAGCCCCGCCGACAUCGCCAGCUUCAUCCAUGAUGGCUUGGAGGCUGCAGAUGGUGACCCCAGCGUGCCACCCUAUGAUACAGCCCUCAUCUACGACUACGAGGGAGACGGUUCUGUGGCAGGAACACUGAGCUCCAUCCUGUCCAGCCUGGGGGACGAAGAACAGGACUAUGACUAUCUCCGGGACUGGGGGCCCCGCUUUGCGCGGCUGGCAGACAUGUACGGACACCAGUGA